AUGGCGAUUGACCAACUAGGAAAGUACUUGGUUUCUCUUCUUUCAAUGGUUUCGGUUGUGAAGAGGGCCUGGAAUUUGUUGCUUCGUUACUGUUUGUUCCCUUGUGCACCCAUUGGUGGCGAAGAUUUCAAGCUAGGGUGGCAGAAUUACAGCUGCAAGCAAGACGCGGGUGAUGAUGAAGCAGAAGUUGAAUGUGCUAUAUGUUUAUGUAAGAUCGACAAAGACGAUGAGAUUCCAGAGUUGAGAUGUGACCAUCUUUUCCAUAAAGUUUGCAUGGAUAGAUGGGUCGGAUGCCGGCGUUCCACCUGCCCUCUCUGUCGCACUUCUUUAACAGCUCCCCGGCAACUAGUUUCCGGCAUGGAAGUCCUUCUUUUCAAAUAUUGUUGUUUGGAUGAUAGCAGGCACCGUGAGACCUGGUGGCUGCGAUAG